CUGACGGGACGGGGAUCGGCGGCGGGGCCCGGCCCGGCCCGGCCCGGCGGUGUCCGUCCCCCCACCAUGUCAACCAGCAGCUGCACCUUCGAGGACCGGUGCGUGGCCGUGCUGUGCUGCCGUUUCUGCCAGCAGGUGCUGAGCUCGCGGGGGAUGAAGGCCGUGCUGCUGGCGGACACCGACAUCGACCUCUACUCCACCGACAUCCCGCCCUCGGGUACUGUUGAUUUCAUCGGAAGUUGCUAUUUUACUGAAAUCUGCAAAUGCAAACUGAAGAACAUCGCGUGUUUAAAGUGUGGUAACAUUGUCGGUUAUCAUGUGAUUUCUCCCUGCAAACCUUGCCUGCUGUCCUGUAAUAAUGGCCACUUCUGGAUGUUUCAUAGCCAAGCAGUCUUUGGCAUCAACAGACUAGACUCUUCUGGUGUGAAUGUAUUGCUCUGGGGCAACUUGCCAGAUUUGGAAGAAAGCACAGAUGAAGAUAUGUCCUGCAUCUCUGAGGAGGAGUAUAUCAGAUAAAUGUUAUCUACAACAUACUACAGUAUUUUCCCUAGAUUUGUUGCAUUGCUGUUCUGUUUGGAUUUUUUUUUUUCCUGCUGGCCCGUCAGAGCUUAAACAAUACAGGAAACCAGGAAAUCUGGAAAACAAUCCUAAAAAAGGAAGAUAUCACCUUCCUCUUUCACUGUAGCCUUCCUUAGAUUCCUGAAUCUGCCUAGUGUGGAUCUUGGGACUAGAGACACACCUUGGUUAGAUCUGGAAAUGCGGAUGGCAGGUGCAUUUACUGAGGUCUAUGUCUGUUUUGGUUUUUACAUUUAAGUCUCAACAGUUGAUAAUUCUUCUUAACUGUAUUUUUUCUUCUUUCCUAAAAUAGUAUUCACAGAGCAAAGUCUUUCAGUUGCUGUAAGUACAGCUUAAAAAUCUUAAGAAAUAGUCAGUCUGGUUAACGAAGUUCUGAGAGAGCUCUGCUUUUGUGGUCACACAGACCAUUGCCCAGAGUUUCUAUUCUGAGUAUACAGAGUUGCUGAAUAAGUGGCUUAAAGUAUUGGAGCUUUGGCUCUAUGAUCUGGCUCUCCUGCUUUUAGCAGCUUGUUCUCUGAGCAUCUGAGGCAUGCUAGGAUGCUCUUGAACGUGGACAGGGGGGCUAUCUUACAGAGUUUUCCCUUCUUCAUCUUUCAGUACUUUUACGAUCAUGUUUCUGCAGAGAUAAUUUUUUUUCCCCCCCUGGUAAAACCUAAAUACUGCAGUUACUUACUGUCUAAUGGAACUUCAAGCCUACACUGGAGUUUUUCUUAAGGUCAACAAUAAACUCUAUUCAGUUUUAUGGGGUGUUUUUUUCCCCUUAUAGGGUAGGCAUCCCUCCAAAACAGAGCUCAGUCAUCUGAUGGGGUUGUCUUAGAGAAAGAAAAAAGAGAUCAGGUUAAAUAUUUGGUGUUCAUGCCUAACUUUACAUCCUGAAGCGUACAGACAAUCUGGUUCCUGUGAGAAGUAAUGGAUUCGAAGCUCAUUAUCUGAGUUGUUACAGCCAUAGUAUUUAACUUAUGAACUAAAUACUGUCCCCUGAAGGAUCACCUUCAGAAAAUUCAAGGUACAAUCAUGUAAGAGAACAGAGUACAUUUUUAAGUUUGGAUUGGUGCUGAAUACAUUGUUCUAUAGCCUCUUGUGAUACUUGGAAGAGGUGCAAUGAAGGCAAAUGUGAAUUGUCUUAGUAUUUUUACUGCAUGUUAUAUAUUUCUUAACGGUACUACCUCUUCUGCAUUGUUUAAAUGUAUAUUGGUAUACAUAUGUACGUGUGUAUGUGUAUGUCUUGUUUUGAC